AGGUUACAAGUCGCCCAUUAGGUGAUGUAAGCCAGAAGUGGUACGGUAUUCUCCGCAUACAUAUUUAUUUGGCUUAUUCACGUUACCCACACGGCGGCCUUCCUCGGUCGUAAUAGCAUCAGUGUAGUGCUGGCUUUUCUUUGCGUUGUAAUGACGUGCUAUAAAACGGUAGUUUGUAUGUAAAAGAAACAAUUCUAUAUAUUUUUCUCCUGCCGCGGUUCUAUUGUUUGGGUCCUCCUCCUUACCUAUAUAUAUAAUUGAGACAAGUGUUGAUGUGCAGCCUUGGACCGUGCAGCCCUUUGCGUCUCCGUCGUAUCUCUGAUUACAUCGUUGUCUCCUCUCUUCCUCGCAACUCGUAGUGAAAUUCUAGCCAAACUGUAUUUUCACCUUCUCUUUGUUUUUUAUGUUAUUGUAUUUGCACAGCAUUCGGUGUUUUCCUGUUUCUUCAACUUUCUGUAGUGUGUGUUAUUGUUUUAUACACGGGCCCUUUCUUUGGCACUCUGAACUGUUGUUUGCCUGUCCGCUCCUCUUUCUCUCCUUUCCGCAUUUUUCAAACGUUGUCUCAUUCUGACAACUCUGGUUUUUGCUCACCUCCUCUUCCGAUAGCUAUCAGUUUUUUUUUAAGCACACGAUCGGGGGGAGAAAACUCUUCUGCAAUCAAAUUUACUUGCUGACCCCAUCGAAUAGAUCCCACCGACAUCAAUGGCAGCGUCCGGUGCCAUGUCGGGCACUCCUCCUCCCUCCUGUUCUCCCCCGCCUCCCGCUUGUCUCUCCGUGUGGGUGAUUGGCAAUCCAACCAGUGGAGGCAAGCGAGGCGCGAUCGUGCUGGGCCGUUUGGCGAAACUCUUCCAGAGGACCUACGGCGCAGAGGCCGUGCAAGAGCUGCACAGCUCCCGCUUUUUGUCGCUUGCCUUUCCUCCGCACCCCACGCCGUCUUCCGCGGCGCGCAACGGCGAUGCAAUGCCGAGCACGGAUGUGUUCUCGCAGCUACCCUCGUUAGACGCCAUCUGGGCCAGCGGUGCGGCAGCGUCGACGGCCGUAGCAGGGCCUACACCGCCGAUUACGCCGCCCUCCUCCCCGCCGAAUGCCACCAUCCCACCACCACCAUCUUCCUCGUCUCCGUCCUCGUCUGCACGGGUGCGAACGAUGCUGAUUCACACCGAUCAGGGCGGACACGCCAAGCCGGUAAGCAACGCGCUAAGUCGUCUCAUUCUGCGCUCGCGUCUCACGGAUCAGCAGCAGCAGCAAGAAACACCGUUGAACGGCGCCACAACGACAGGGUCAAGUUCGGCACCCUACUCUCCGCCGCUUUGGCAGCACCUCGUCCUUGUUGCGGGGGGCGAUGGCACCUUGAGCGAGGUGGUCAACGGCCUGUGCGAAGGAACGCUGGCGGGCUACAAACACUUUACUUCCGCCUUGCACGGCUGCACGUCCGUGGGGGCAAAAAAGUGUGUGGGCUGUACAGCCGCAGCGCAUUCCUCGCAUGCGCACGUCGAGCAGGAGGCGGCCGUGUUCACACGUCUGCUCCCCGCAGUGCUUUAUGUGCCCGGCGGAACAGGCGCUGACUUCGCUAAGCUGCGGCUGUGCUGCUCCACACCGGAAGCGGCGCUCCACGUUGUGCGGGACGGCGUGGCGAAGAUGCUUUUCGAGAGCUCGCGUAGGAUGCGCACGACUACCACCGCGACCAACUCCUCCGCUGCUACGUUGCCGGAAAGCAAAGCGGCGUGCUACGCGUGUCCGGUGGAUAUUGGUCGUAUUGAGUUUCUCAACACCGGCACCCGUCACUUCUUCCUCAACAUCGCCUCGAUCGGCAUGUCGUGCGACGUCAUCCAACGCGGAGAGCGCUUCAAACACAGCAGAUUCAUCUCCAAGCUCGGCGGCACGCUCAUGUUCGCCCUGUCGUCGCUCAUUUCACUUUUUCUCAUGACCCCGAAGCCGCUGCUCCUCUGCAAGCUGCCACCGCGCACGACGCGGGCAGCCGCUGCAGUUGCCAUUGUGGGAGCAGAAGUGUCUAGUGAAGAUAUCAUCACAAGCAAGGCGGCAGAGGCCAGAAAUGGUCACGUGUGUAGCGGGUCCCACACCAAUCGUCAAGCAGGAGAAGAGCAGCAGUUUCAGCAAUGGCACUCAGCGGAGGAGGCACCUCCGCCAAAAGGAUCUCUCCUGUCACUGCCGUCUUUUUCCCCGCUCGGUGAGCAGCUAAGGCGGCUACAAGCAGAGCUUCCCCUGCACGCCGGCCACGAAAGUGUGGCGCAACUUCAUAGCUUGGUGAACGCACCUCUGUUUUCGUCCCUCCACGGCGAUAGCAUUUACGCCCCAACCAAAGAGGAGAACGCGUAUGGCUGCCACGUUGGAGCACCCAUACCGGCCCCCCAUGCAAAAAUUGUGCAGUGCAUGAGCCACACAUCUUCCCGUUAUGUUCACCAGUUGCUGGAUAUCAAUGAGCAGGAGCUGCUGGCACUGCGCCAUCAGCAAGCACUACAACUUGAGCGAAUGAUGACGACCUCCUUCGACACAGCAACGGAGGAAAGAGAGGAGAAACCGCAUCAAGCGGUGUCAGCACGUGAGCGCGCACAUCCUGGGAAUCACUACGCUAUUCACGCAAUGAACAACGGUACGAACGGAGGGCACUAUGGAAACGGUACGCUGCAGCCGCUCACCGCAGCAGCACUGGCAGAACCGCGAAAAGAAUGGAUUAGCACCGUGAACGGAAACGAUGAUGACCUUGCCGCGCUGACGUGGGUGGAGCUGCCGUCUUCGAUGGUGGCCUUCGCAAACGGGCGCUGGUACGGCGGAGGUAUGCACGUGGCCCCCCACGCCGACCCAACCGACGGCAUGCUGAGCUGCACCAGCUGGGUCGCGACGGUGCUACCUUUUAUCUCCGGCGCCUUGUCCCUCUACACGGGGCGGCAUCUGCACUGGAGCAGCACGAGCGCCUUUGAAGGGGAGCGCUUCUUGGUGAGCAGCGGCCCGUCAAAGGAUGCCGACGUCGCCGUGGCGCCGGUGUUUAUGGAAGCCGAUGGGGAGGUGCUGGAGCCGCUACCAGCCAUUGUGGAGCUGACCGGAAAGAUUACGUUUCUUGUCCCCUGCUCCUCCCACCUCUGCCUGGGUGACCCCGCACCGGGCACCACCCGAGCGGGUCUCACCGCAGCGGCCGACAGUCAGCCAUCAACGACGCAGUUUUUCUUCGCUGACAAGACCACGCGGGCUUCCGUGAUGUCGGAGCGGCUGCGGCGCUCUUUCGGAGGGAUCAGCGCGCUGUGGAGACGUCUCUGGAGUUACGCGCAGCGACGGCUGGAGCGAGAUGGGCGCUCUUGCAGCGGCAACGCGAAGUAUGACCGUGACGGUGUAUCGGUCGCAACGCGUAUCGGAAGCGCCGGCGCAACUUGCCGCUCACGCGAUGGCUGCACUAACGAUAUUGUGUGA